AUGGCAAUGUUUGACAUAAAUGGUAAAGUAGCCCUUAUUACUGGAGGCGCCUCUGGUAUGGGUUACAUAUUCGCCUUGGAUUUACUAGCUAAAGGUUUAAAGGGCGUCACUUUAGCAGAUGUUGCUACAGAUGUUGGAGAACGAGCAAUUAAAGAAAUUGAAGCUAAAUUUGGUAAAGACAGAGCAAUUUUCGUAAAAACUGAUGUCACUAAUGCUAGUGAAUUUGAAGAGGCUUUUCAAAAGACAGUAGAUAAAUUUCAAAAUCUUGACAUUUUGAUAAACAAUGCAGGCAUCGCUCUUGAAAAACGCUGGGAAAAAUUAAUAGAUAUUAACUUGUGUGGUGUCUUUCGUGGAACUCUACUCGGUCUAGAAACUUACCUGCCUAAAUAUAAAUCAGACGAGGAAGCAGUGAUCUUAAACAUAGCAUCCAUAGCUGGUGUGUCACCUCAUGUGGCUUGUCCUGCUUACACUGCAUCCAAAUUCGGUGUUCACGGCCUGACAUUGGCCUGGGGUCAUCCAGCGCAUUUUAAAGACACCAAAGUAAAAGUUAUAGGAGUUUGCCCGGGAGUUACAAUGACCCAAGUGGGUGCUGGAGUCAUGGAGAAUAUGUACAACGACAGAUAUAAGAAAAUACUGUUGUCAACUCCAGAAUUGGAUCCUAAUGUUCCCAAACAAACACCGGAACAAAUGAGUCCUCAUGUAAUAAGACUUAUCGAGAAAGCUCCUAGCGGAACCGUUUGGAUAGUGGAAGCAGGGCAACCGCCUUAUCAAUACGAAAUGAUCAAGCGGGAACAAAUUAAAGACAAACAUUACAUCAAUUAGAAAGUCAGACAUAUUAUUGCUAUUAUUUUAACUGUAAAAGAAUAUUGAUUAUUAGUUGUUUUCCAAAACACAGCAACUUGCUGUUCGAAAUUGUUAAAAUGUCUUAUUUCUGAAAUCCCCCAAGCGAUCUAACUGAGGCGGAUAAUAUAAUUUUUUGAUCUGA